AUGGAUAUGGAACCCAUGUGGGACGGCAAUAAGCCGAUAAUGACUGGUCGAGCGUGGCCUGAUGAGACCGUCAUCAGAAGGCCUGGGGCGAAACUGGACACGAGAUAUGGGGAGUUCUCCUCUGGAGUGAACGAUGAUGCUAUCAAGGAAGUGUGGUCGAAGUGA